AUGUUUAAUAGAUCUUUGUCUUUGAUCGCCAAGGGCCAGCAGCCGCAACAACAGCACGCAUUGCUUUCCAGAACCCUAAUUGGAACAUUCCGUGGUUCUAAGCAAGUUGGAUUACCUUCAAUUGUCAGUCUGAGAUAUUAUUCUGCUGCUAAAAAUGGUGAACCUGAAAAAGUAAAGGAACCUUUGAUGGAAAGGAUUAAACACGAAGUCAAACAUUAUGUCAAUGGUACAAAACUUUUGGGUUAUGAAAUUAAAAUUUCAACAAAAUUGUUGAUUAAAUUCGGUCAAGGUUAUGAACUAACCAGACGUGAAACAAACCAAUUGAAAAGAACUAUCAGUGAUGUGUUCAGAUUAAUCCCAUUUUCUGCUUUCAUCAUUAUUCCAUUUGCAGAAUUACUAUUACCUAUAGCUUUGAAAAUAUUCCCAAACCUAUUGCCUUCAACUUACGAAUCAGGUAAGGAUAAACAAUUGAAAAGAGAUAAAUUGUUAGAUACAAGAAGAAAAACUUCAAAUUUUUUACAUGAAACUUUAGAAGAAUCAAAUUUAUUAAACUAUAAUUCUAUUGAAAAUACUGAAAAAAAGCAAGCCUUCUUAAAUUUCUUCAGAAAACUAUACGAUGAGGCUAACAAAGAUAAGUCUGAUAUCUUUUCACAUCAAGAAAUUUUGAAAAUUGCAAACAUGUUUAAAAAUGAUACUAUUUUAGAUAAUUUAUCAAGACCUCAAUUAGUUGCAAUCUGUAAAUUCAUGUCUCUAAGACCAUUCGGUAACGAUAAUUUAAUUCGUUAUCAAAUUCGUCAUAAAUUAAAAUCAAUUAUGCAAGAUGAUAUCACUAUAGAUUAUGAAGGUGUCCAAAGUUUAUCUCCUGAAGAAUUGCACCAAGCCUGUGUCUCUCGUGGUAUCAAAGCUUUCGGAACUUCUCAAGAAGAUUUACAAAACUUCUUGAAAGUUUGGUUAGAAUUAAGACUAAGACAAAAAGUUCCUUCCGUAUUGAUGGUUCUAUGUUCAACAUAUACUUUUGGUGGUACCACUAGUGAUAUUGCCAAUAAGGUCAUUUCUGCAGUUGAUCCUUCAUCUCCAAAGACCAGAUAUAAUGAAAUCUUAGAUUUGUACUAUGAAGGUAUUUUCCAAGUUCUAAGUUCCAUCCCUGAUCCUGUAUAUAAUGUCGCUAAGUUAGAUGUGACCGAAUCUAAACCAACUGAAGACGAUUUGAAACAAGCUGAGGAAAUAAAAGCAACCCCAACUGAGGCUGCUACCGAAUCCACUACAAAGGUAGAAAGUCCAGUUGAAACACCUGCUGAAUCUCCUAAGACUACCGAACCAACAACUAUCAAGGAGACUAUUGAAAAGGAACAACCAAAGGUUGAAACUGAACAAACCGAUGAAAAGCCUGUUGAAAUUGAAACCACUUCAAAACCUGACGACAGCGAAUUCAAACUAAGUGUCUUGAAAGAACAAGAAGAAAUGAUCAAGAAGGAAGAAAUGGAAGCUAAGGCAAGAAAAACUAGAGACCAAGUUGUGACAGAUGAUAUCAAUUUGGAUGAAGAAGAGGCUACUGCUCUUCCGAAAAGUGAUAAAAUGACUCCAGAAGAAAUUAAGUCCAAAUAA